CAUCACCAGAACGUGGCUUCUCAGAAUUUUAUUUCCCUCCCUUUAUCUCCCAGAGGCGACUAGCGGCUCUACGAUGGCUCCGGAAUCAGCCCCGUCGAAAGGCGGCGGAACGCUGUCGCUGUAUGCCAACCUGCUUGAUCCCUCCGCAGAUAUCUCUUCAACGCCCGGAACCAUUUCGCGCGCCCCCGUUGUCUUCAAGCAGGCUUCGGAAGCCGAUUCGCAGCCUGAGGAAUCCGCUGCGAAGAAGCAGCAGCUAAGUGCCGCGUCUCUCCGAUUUCAGCCUACCAAGAGACCACAGUUGGCCGCACAGAAGCCAAAGCCCAAACCAGCAUUACCAAAGUCUGUCCCUGGAGCUACAGCAGUUCCCGCUCCCGUCGCAGCUCCACCCGUUAAAACUACACUUGCGGAUUGGACGGCCGCGGAUGAUGACGAUGUGAACGGGUUCUACGUUGGCGAAAAGAGACAACGAGGUGGGCGCAAGAAGCGCAAGAAGAACCGUGAAGCGCAAGCCGUCGUCCAGAACUGGGAUGAUAUCUAUGACCCGUCACGGCCGAACAACUACGAGGAGUAUAGGCACAGCGACGAGAAGAUCGCAGAGGUUCGGGAAUGGAAAGACCGUUUGUAUGCGCACCGGAUGAUGAGAUCACGGAGCAGCGAUUAUGACAGCGACAAACAAUAUUCUAGACCUAUGAACAGACAAUUUGCUCCCCCGAGCAGCUUCGCACCACCUCCGAAUUUUAACGAACCACCUGUAUCAGUACCAGAUGAUGCAUCUGGAGAUGAUGCAUAUUAUCGUCUACGUAUGAAUCAGAACCAGACUGAUAUGCCAAGUACUGAUCAUCCUUCUCACUCUCCGCCCCCACCGCCACCGGAGGAUAUACCCCCUGCUCCAUUCCCAGAUGCUCCCACCGGAGAUGAUGCUUAUGCGCAGCGCCUCCGGAUGAGUACGAAUCAACCAAAUAACCAAGCGGCAGAGCAUGCGCCGCCAACGCCAGCACCAUUGCCCUCCAAACCGCAACCACCUCGCCCUCUUGGCGCCCUCCAGCCGGAAUCUGCUACUAUAUGCCGCGCACCAGUCCGGUAUACUUUACCUCCCCCUCCGGCCGACAUUCCAGCCUCGGAGGCAGAACUCGAAGAGGUCUUCGCUAAAGAGCAGCCCGCGGAGGAUGAAGCAGGAGAAGAUGCUGGGCGUUCCCUCCGUCCGGGACAGAAAGGGUUUGCUCAGCGUCUACUAGAGAAAUAUGGCUGGACAAAAGGUUCUGGUUUGGGUGCAACAGGUUCGGGUAUCGUCAAACCAUUACAGGUCAAGGUUGAAAAACAGAAAAAACGCCCCGACUCGGAGGGUGGUGGUUUUGUUACCCCCGCUGGCAGAGGCAAGAUUAUAGGCAGUGCCAAGAAAUCCGAAGAUGAGGGCAAGUUUGGUCCUAUGAGUGAGGUUAUCAUUCUGAAGGGCAUGCUGGAUGGUAUGGAUCUGGAGGCGGAGCUGGAAGGAGACGAGGAUGUAGGGCUAAUGCAGGAGAUUGGAGAAGAAUGCUCGGAAAAGUAUGGCCGUGUUGAACGCGUCUUUAUCCACAGAAAUGCUGGCGAUUCGGCACCAGUUUUCGUCAAAUUUACCAGCCAGUUAUCAGCUUUACGAGCUGUAAAUGCUCUUGAGGGUCGAAUAUUCAACGGCAAUGCGAUCACAGCACGAUUCUUUGACAAAGACAAGUUUGAGCAGGGCAUAUAUGAGGAAUAGGAGCUUGAUGAAAAUGAUGACCGAGCUGGUGAUGGAACUGUUUCCACUCUGGUCACCUGUCGAAUGUUGACUUAGCUCUGCCCAAGAGUGAUAAUGAGGACGACUUUGUAAGGUAAUUCGGCAUAGAUGGAGUUGAGGUUUAUCGUUUACGAGUAUACCACUUGCUAUAUGAUGGACGGGUAGCAAGAGAUACAUGUAUACUAUAGUACAGGAGUCAAGCGAGAUCUAUUAUGGACAUUUCUCUUCGGCGCCAUCCUCCGCUAUCGGCGACAUAUCUCCCUUUCCCAUUUCGCCCUCCACUUCGAUGCCAUCUCCCUCAGACCCCUCAGUGCUACUGCAAUAUUUACAGAGUCCAGCGAUGGGGAUUUCUAGAAACUCAUAGCCCAGACAAUCGUAUCCAUUUUGGAUGCUCUGGAGACACGGGAUACAGUAGGUGUGGGUUUGGGUUGAAUGCCGACAGAGGACAUGGUACCAGAGUAUCUGAUGGCACAUCUUUCUUCUCUUGUUCUUGUUCUUCUAUUUGGGACUGAAAUAUGAUUAAACUCCUGCGUUGGUCUUUUGAACAAAAUCGAUUGAUUGACUGAAUGCUUCUCUUCAGUGAGAGGGCGCUAAAUAGAUGUCUCAAUGGGCAUUGUAUUGUCUGUGGUUUCGACACAAGUCAAGAAUUUUCUGUCAUUAUAUUUCAUUUUAUAAGCACGUAUAGUAAAUAUAUAUGUUGCUGAGAAGCUGA